CAGGGGGGUUCAUGGUUUAUCAUCAAGCGUUCCUACAGUUUCGGUUUCCUUUUCUGAUGUAUGUUUCCGCGUCCGUGAUUAUUUCCUUUCCACGAAACGGGGAAAGUUCUCCCUUCUCGCCAAGCGCAGCUCAGAACAGGCAGCGCCAGCCCUCGACGGGAGCCCCGCCGCCGUGCCGCCCUAGGAAGACGUGGAGUUUCCUUUCGUUUUCUGUCGCUCUUUUGCCCGACGACUUCUGGACUGGACGGGGGAGUCCUCCUGCUUUCUUUAGCCCGUUCUUCACAGCUCCUACUCCGUUUAGUCAAAGCAGAAAGUAUGUCUGCUCCAGGUUCUUCAGCUGAAAUUUUGGACUGGUUCAGAGCCCAUAAAAUGAAGAUUUCUACUGCAAUUAGAGACUUGUUUCCUUUUCUUUAUGACCUACGAGACAAGAAUAUAAUCCCUGAAGAAGAUUUUAAGAUUUGGGAAGAUAAGAUAACUGCGAAUCCAAAUGAUAUUCGAAGAGUGGUAUAUGAUGUCCUUGAGAGCAUUCAGAACAAUCUGUCAGCAAUAAAGGAAAUCUUCUGCAGCCAAAACCUGGCAGCAUAUCAAGAUUUACGGCCACUAUAUGAAAGCCUAGAAAAUGGGACACAAGAACAAAAUCUGGAUUUCCAGGGCACGACACUGCCUGUAACCUGUGGAACAGCACAAGGCAUUUUACAUACGGAUAUAUUUGCAACAGGAGUUUCAAGGAAAAGUAUUGAGGGUUCCAAUGGAAAGUGGUUCACACCAUCACAAUUUGAGACUGAAGGAGGACGUAAACACUGGAAAUGGUGGAGAAGAAGUAUCCAAUGUGGAAGGACUUCACUGGACACAUUAAUUAAGAGGGGACAGCUACCUGAGCCACCACUAAAUUCCAGCAGGACAACGAUGCCUGAACAUGAUGAUGUAUGUAGAGAAGAUUCACUGAAAUGCUGCAGUUCAUGUCCCAGAUACUUUCAUGAAGAUUGCCAUAUUCCGAAAAUAUCUGCUGAGAAAAGCAUGUCUGCUCCAGGUACUUCAGAUGAAAUUUUUCGGUGGUUCAGGGGCCAUAAAGUACAGAUUUCUUUUGCAAUCAAAGAUACUUCCCCUUUUCUCCCUCUCCUGCGAGCCAAGAGAAUAAUCUCCGAAAAAGAUUUUAAGAAUUGGUAUGAUAAGGUAGCUGCAAAACCAAAUGAUAUUUGUAAAGUAGUAUGUGAUGUCCUUGAGAGCAUUCAGACCAAUGUGUCUGCAAUAGAGGAGAUCUUCUGCAAGGAGAACCUGGACGCAUAUCCAAAUUUACAGCCAUUAUACGAAAGCCUAGAAAAUGUUCUUCAGCAUGCUCAGAAUAGUUCUGCUGCAGAACCUGGGUGCAGCAAAGUACUCCAGGGAGAAAUGAAGGAACCCGAGUCCCCUGGGGAGCAACAAAGAAAAGGCAUGCAGAAUAAUAAAAUACAAGAUUUGAAUGUCGGGGUCCGAACACUGAAAGUACGCUGUGGAAGAAGUAAAGGUGUUUUAUAUAAGAAUAGAUUCACAGCAGGAGUUUCAAGGAAAUGUAUCAAGGGUUCCGAUGGAAAUUGGUUCACACCAUUAGAAUUUAAGGCUAAAGGAGGAUAUAAAAGUUCAAAAGGCUGGAGAAGAUGUAUCCGCUAUGGUGGGAUUUCCUUAGAAACAUUAAUAAAGUGGGGAGAAAUACUGAAGCCACAACUGGAAUCCUCAAGAAUGCAGAAGCCAGAAGACCUGUGUGCUGUGCGCUGUGUGUGCUGUGAGGAGAGAGGUCACAGAUAGACUACAAUUCAUGUCCCAGAUCUUUUCAGGAAGAUUGUUGAGAAAAAGUACAGUAGUUCAAUUCAUGUCACAUUAGCAGACAUCUUUAUAAUGCAAAGUUGGUUGUUGACAGUCAUGGUACCUGAAGCGAUGGUAAAAUAGAAGUAAAUCAAGCAGUGAUCUUCAUAUAUAUCAAAGUGAAUGUUAAAAUAUCUUCUCCCUUUAGGGUUUGAAAAUUUCAGUAGAUGGAAAAGUAGUGGAAGAUAAAUUUGGAAGGAAAUUUUGGGAAGUGUUUUCUAUUCUGUAAACAAUUUCUUAAAUUACAGUAAUCCGUCUUCAGACUUGUGAGCCAUCCAUCCCAAAAGGUGCUAACUUGCUUGCUGUUUUUAAAACCUCUUAACUUUACCCUAUUCUUUCAUUUUAAAGUUAAGUGCCUAUGACCCAGAUAGACUGAAAACUUUGGCUUCAUACCAAGCCAAAAUUUCCUUAGCAACUGUUUAGUGACAGCAUAAUUGAAAUCAUGUGUAUAUGUGAUGCAUUUGGAGGGCGUUGUUUGUUUACAGGGGCUAAGAGCAAAGAACUGAGCUUGGGGCUGGCAAAUGAGACGUGUGAAGAAUCAAGUUGGAACUGUGAUGCAAGCAAAUCUGGACUUUGCUGCUUGCACUGGCCUCAUGAAACAAGGAGAGGACAGUAUUAGGACAACCCUGGAUUUGGGCAAUGGAUUUUGCUGCUUUUGCAACAUUAUGGCAUUCUGGAUCCUGUCGGAUCCAUCUUCCAUCUUCCCAUCUUUGUCUAUGUAAAACUUAUGUCUCAGUGUCAUUUGGGAGAAGGCUACACAGGAAACAGGACAGGACCAGCGCUAGACAUUUUGACACCUGAGGCAAACCACCAAAUGGUGCCGCCCCCCCCCCCCCGGCCAGGGAAGAAGAGUAUCGACAUUGGGAUCUGCUACACCUGUGGAUCCUGCAGCCUGAGGCAGUCAUCUCACCUGAUCUCAUGGGUGGGCUGGCCUUGUUCAUAGCGACAAAUGUGUCUGCAACAUCUUCUCAUGCCUCGGCCUUUUCCUAUUUUUGCUUGUUGCAAGGAUCACUGGCCGGGAUCCUUUGUAUGUAUAAGUAUCACUCCAUCCUUGGUAUGUGUAUGGAUUAGGGUUAGUCUGCUCCAGUAGGAUAACUCCUUCACUCCAAUUUUUAUUUACCCUUUUCCAGGGUAAAUCUCCACAAGGCAAAGGAUGCCCAAUCUGUAAAUGUUUGAUGAGGAAAUAAAGCUUUUCAACUUUAGUCUGGCUAUUUGUCUAUAUACUUCCUUGCAAAGAGAGAUCCUGGAUUGUGUGUCUGAGGCCUGAUCACCUUGGCACACACAGGAUUGUGUGUCUGAGGCCUGAUCACCUUGGCACACACAGCAAUGCUGUUGUUUUAAAGGUCACAAUCCAGUUCUGACCCUCAAACUGGGUCAUAACAAUAUAACCCCAAGGCAUGCUCUUAUGCACCACCUUCUGUAAUUUUAUCUACACCUUAUGUCUUCAACCCACAGGCCGAAGGACCCACAGCUGGGUUGUAAGGCCACAUCAGGUGGGUCACGACAAAACUAACCACAUCACCAUGCAAACCUGCAGCCUUCUAUUCUCUUUCCUAUGUGAGGGUUUCCUCCUCGCUUUGCACUGGCACAGCUUUGGCCCAGCCUCCUCCCCACCCUCUGUUGAAACC